CACCCCAGUCUAGCUAGCUAGCUCAAGUGCCUAAAUUCGCAGGAAUGAACCAUAAAAGUAAGAAGAGGAUCAAAGAGGCGAAGCGGAGCGCCAGACCUGAGCUGAAGGACUCUUCAGACUGGACGAAACAUGACUAUUGCGAGACUUUCGAUGUGUCACACCGCUCAGUGAAGGACAAUGUUGAGCGUGUGGACACCCUGCGUCUCAGCGCAGAGGAGUUCAUCCAGCGCUUCGAGAGGCCCUACAAACCUGUGGUGCUGCUCAACUGUCAGGACACCUGGCCCGCCCGCGAAAAGUGGACCAUGGAGCGCCUCAAACGUAAGUACCGCAACCAGAAGUUCAAGUGUGGUGAGGACAACGAUGGUUACUCUGUGAAGAUGAAGAUGAAGUACUACGUGGAGUACCUGGAGUCCACACAGGACGACAGCCCACUCUAUAUUUUCGACAGCAGCUACGGCGAGCACGCCAAGCGCCGUAAACUGCUGGAGGACUACCAGGUGCCAGUUUACUUUAGGGACGACCUCUUCCAGUUCGCCGGGGAGAAGCGCCGGCCUCCUUACAGAUGGUUUGUAAUGGGUCCUGCCCGCUCUGGCACUGGCAUCCACAUUGACCCGCUGGGUACGAGUGCCUGGAAUGCCCUGGUGCAGGGGCACAAGCGCUGGUGCUUGUUCCCCACCCACACGCCCCGGGAGCUGAUCAAGGUGACCCGGGACGACGGGGGCAACCAGCAGGACGAGGCCAUCACCUGGUUUAACGUGGUGUACCCACGCACCCAGCAGCCAACAUGGCCUGCUGAGUUCAGACCCCUGGAGAUUCUGCAGGGACCAGGGGAGACCGUGUUUGUUCCUGGAGGCUGGUGGCAUGUGGUUCUCAACAUGGACACCACCAUCGCUAUCACUCAGAACUUUGCCAGCACCACCAACUUCCCCAUCGUGUGGCAUAAAACUGUGCGGGGCCGGCCCAAACUAUCAAGGAAGUGGUAUCGUAUCCUGAAGCAGGAGAGGCCAGACAUGGCUACCCUGGCAGACAAAGUGGACCUCCAGGAAUCGACUGGCAUCGCCUCGGACAGCUCCAGUGACUCUUCCUCCUCCUCUUCCUCCAGCUCCUCUGACUCAGACUCAGAGGCUGAGUCGGGCUCGGAGGGGGACGCCAUGUCUCACAGGCGGAAGAAGAGGAAGACGUGCGGUAUGAUAUCCAACGGAGACAGCAGCACCAAGGACGACUGUGUCAGCAAAGAGCGCAGCUCCUCCCGGUGACCCCCUCGCUCUGCCCCGCCUCGCCAAAAGGCCACACCCAGGGGGACUUUUGCAUGAAGAGCAGCCAAUUUGUUUGUUUUCAUUGGUGUGUCUCCAAAGGAGAGUCUGGUGGCCCUCUGUCAGUCUGUUGGAUAGAUAAGAGGGUCAGCCUACUCCUAGGCUGUGAUAAAGGAGAUUCCCCCUGAGGCGUGGACCUGCUGGAGGUUUAUCUGCCACCGCUCAGCUUCUAGUCAAAUGUUAAUCUAUAUUGCUGUUGCUUGUGGGGUGUGGGAAGAGCAGUAUUUCAGUGCGAGGGAGGGGUGUUGACCUUUGGAGAGAGGUGGGCUGUUGCCUUGUUGUACACCAGGUACUGGGGAUGAGGCAGGGAGCCGGCUGGCCUGUCUCCUCUACAGUGCCAUGGUCUUAUGUUGCUCAGUGGGGAAAAGUUUUCUAUUCACAGUGAGAUGAUGGCUGGAUGGAUAGAUAAGUGUGCUUUGGAUUGACUUCACUUUGCAGUACAUGGGAUGCCAGUUGAGUUUUAUCAUGGCAGAGUUGACCAUCUUUAGAUAUUAAAGUGUACUGUGAGUUUUGUAAGUUGAUAAUGUAUGACAGGGUAAGGGUGGAGGGAAAUGCUGCUGCCUUAGUCUGCUAAAAAGCCACUGAUUUAUAUUUUUUAUUUAACAUUUAUGCUUUCAUCCUCUGGGCUUCUUUUGCUAGUAACAGUUGAACUGAUAUGCAUAUGUAUUGCAAUCAAAACAGUUCAUUCAGAAUCAGUUAAUUCAAUUAAAUGGUUAGCAAAUGAACAGUCCACAAUCCAGGCAAGACCAUUUAACAGAUCUAAAAAGCAAUGAAAAGAUUGCAUAGUGGCAUUUCUCUUUCAUAUCAGAUGUAUCUGCUGUUGACAUCUGUAGUGCAGACUAAUGCACACAUGUCUAGUGAAACAACAGCUUUUUCAAGACUUAGCCCAAGUCAUCCAGCAACAACUGUAAAGGCCAAGGGAUCCCCACCUGACUUAGAUUUAGCCGGUUCAGCUUGACAUUCAAAAGCUUUACCUUUUAGGAGGAAAUUGCCUAUACUACACUCCCUUAGCUCCAGGUUGGGUAAGAUGAAUCACUCUCAGGUGCCACAAAUGAAUGUUGGGCUAUCAACAACAAAAUUCCACCCAAGAAACAACAACAAUAUUGCCUGGUUAUGUAAUGUUUCUAUUACUUUAAUUAUUAUAUAUAUUUUUUUUAACCUUUAUUUAGCUAGGCAAGUCGGUUAAAAACAAACUCUUAUUUACAAUGACGGCCUACCCUGGCCAAACCCGGACGAUGCUGGGCCAAUUGUUCGCCGCCCUAUGGGACUCCCAAUCAUGGCCAGAUGUGAUACAGCCUGGAUACGAAUCAGGGACUGUAGUGAUGCCUCUUGCACUGAGAUGCAGUGCCUUAGACCGCUGCACCACUCGGGAUUAAUUUAAUUACAUAUGGGUUACUCACACAAUUUUCAAAUUUGUAUGAUAACAAUUGUUAUUGUCUCUCGUAAAAGUGAGCCCGUUGCUGCUAUAUUAAUCAACAUUUUAAGAUGAAUGAAAUCAAACUAUUCAAAUAAUUUGACAUUACACGGCUAUACUGUAGAUCAGGGGCGUCAAUUGAAAAAAAAUAUUCCGAUCUAAAUUGACAUGCCUAAAACCAAAUCGAAACUGCGUAGAAAUUAUAGUGGACAUAAUUUAUAGUCUCUAAACUCUGUCCAGCUUGUUAACAGUCAUUGACAUGAAAGCUAGACCGUUUGGGCACAUAGAAAAUUUGAUGGAUAGAGAACUAUUUUUUUGCCAAUUUUGCCAGCAAGGAAUAUAACCAAUACAAGUGGACCUCAGUGAAGACAGAAUGUGGCCCUUUGGGGCAAAAUGAGUAUAACACCCCUGUUGUAGGUGCUGGUUUCCCAGACCCAAAUCAUGCCUAUUCCUGGUCCAAAAAGCACUUUCAGAGAAGUCAAUCAUGGAUGCGUUUUAGUCCAAGAUUAGAAUUAACCUCUUUCCAGGAAAGGAGCCCUAGGUGUUUGAUCUUGUGUUCUCAUUCCGAGACCCCAUUUUAUAUUCUCCAUCACAUACAGAAGGGGGCACCAAUGCCAGAGUUCUCACACUAGCUUGGCACUAGUGUGUGGGGGUUACAGUCCAGAAGAUACAACAGUUGUGUUAAAAGUAGAAAUGAGGGCUGGCACAGGGAAAAGUUUAAACAUAUUGUAGGCCUUGUAGUUCCACAUCUUGAUCUUAUUUCUCUGUGUAGUACAGCUAAGGGGGUUUGUGAAAUGUUGCAAAUACAUUUUAUGUGAGGGGAUAGGUAGAUAUUUUGGACAGUCUAAAUUCAUGGUUCUUUCCAUGUGGCUUCUAGGUUAUGUGGCAUAUGCUGCUCUACAAUGAUUCAACUGCUUUGUAUUUCGUUAGUGUAAAUUCAAACAAAAGCAACUAGCUAAUACAUUACUGUUAUUCAGCAAAUACAAGUUAAUGGUUUGAAUGCAGAUUCUGCGUGUAUAACUUUGUUCUGUGGGGUUAACAUGGAGUCAAGUGAAUACUGUUUUUUUGUGCUUUAAAAAUGUGGCUUUGUCAUCUAAAAUGAUUGAAAGUACUUUGAAAUAUGUGAAUUGCUGUAUGUCUGUGCAGUAGGUGUUUUCCACUGUCUUUAGACAAAAGUGCCUAUAAGCACCAAUUGAUACUGUCAUUGGCCUGCAGAUGAGAGGUUGUGUUGCUACUUGUGGUCAAUGCGUCUGGUGUUUGCGCUGUUUUUAACCCAUUAGGUGCUCAUGUCAAGCAUUUAGCACUAUUACGGUCCCUGGGGUCGGUCACAUAGUGCCUUGGAUCCGAUGAGGGAAUGGUGAGAACCAGGAGCCUAUGUGGGUACAACUCAGUGGUCUAAUGUGGCUUCCUUUGGUCAACCUCUUCAGCCGCACUGAUCCAAAUCUCCAGGACUGGAAAAAGGAAGCCCUCUAUUAGGGUUCCGUCAAAUUGCUUUCACCUGUCCUGUCUGGCCAGAUCAGGGCUUUCACCUGUCCUGUCUGGCCAGAUCAGGGCUUUCACUUGUCCUGUCUGGCCAGAUCAGGGCUUCCACCUGUCCUGUCUGGCCAGAUCAGGGCUUUCACCUGUCCUGUCUGGCCAGAUCAGGGCUUUCACCUGUCCUUUCUGGCCAGAUCAGGGCUUUCACCUGUCCUGUCUGGCCAGAUCAGGGCUUUCACCUGUCCUGUCUGGACAGAUCAGGGCUUUUACCUGUCCUGUCUGGCCAGAUCAGGGCUUUCACCUGUCCUGUCUGGCCAGAUCAGGGCUUUUACCUGUCCUGUCGGGCCAGAUCAGGGCUUUCACCUGUCCUGUCUGGCCAGAUCAGGGCAGAUAAAGGAGAAUGGUGAGAGGAAGCCAUUUUAAGAUAUUUAGAUGUACACCCAGACAUACCUUGACGCUAACCAGAUCAAAGUUAAUAAAUGAUUGAUGAGUUAAUAAGUAAUUUUUUCAUGCA